AUGCGGCUUCCGGCAAGAAUUUUGUGUUCAAGCAGAGGUGUACAGAUUGCUAGGAGCACCAUGGCUGUUCGAUUCUCAAUUCUGGCGCUGCUGGCGGCGGCAGCGCGCGCUGCCGACUACAACGUUGUGAACUUGGACAACAGCACGCUAAAGAUGUUGACUGGAAAGGAUAUUCCUGCCUUCGUGCGCUUUGACAAAGACUACCCUUACGGCGAAAAGGCCGAUGCCUUCAAAGCUCUAGCGCAGACGGCAGUGGGCGCCAAGGUGCUCAUUGGCAGCGUCGGCAUCUCAACCUACGGAGAAAAGAUGAACCAGGACUUGGCCGAAGAGUUCGGAUACAAGACGCCUGGCAAGGAUCUGGAAUACAGCGACAUGGACACCAUGUUUCCCAAGUUCCGCUUGUUUCCAGCUAAUGGUGGUGCUGACAUUGAGUAUACCGGCGAAGUCGCGACAGAUGCCAUGACACUUUUCCUCAAGAAGGAGGCAAAGAUUUACUUCGGACUCAAGGGCACGAUCCGCGAAUUUGACAAGUUUGCAGCUGACUUCGUCAAGGCCGGCGCGGACAAAGCUGAUGUCAUCAAGACUGCUAAGUCAGCAGCAGAGGCCUUGUCAGGAGCAGACAAGGAUGCGGCAUCCUACUACGUGAAGGCAAUGGAGAAGACGCAGGACAAAAGCGAGUGGUUCAAGACGGAAUUCGAGCGCCUGAAACAGAUCAUCGCAGGAGGUAAAGUUGCGCCAGCCAAGAAGGAGGACAUGGCACUGAAGGUUAACCGCCUCAGCUCGUUUGUUUCCCCGAACGAUGAGCUCUGA